AUUAAACACCAAGAUUUUCAAUCUAAAAAAGUCCUAGUUCAUUAAUCUAAAUUCCACCAAUAUUUACAUAUCAAGAAGUCAUGGGGAUUCGUUUGUUACCUAUGAUUUCCGGUGCCAAGCAAAUUUACAAACUGCAGUCUGCUCUUACAAGAAAUCAUUCAGAUGUUCCAAAAGGACAUUUUGCAGUUUAUGUUGGAGAAAUAAAGAAGAAACGAUAUAUGGUGCCCAUAAAAUACCUGAAUCAUCCUUCUUUCCAGAACUUGUUAAGGAAAGCAGAAGAAGUGUUUGGAUUUCACCAUCCAAUGGGCAGCCUAACAUUACCUUGCAACGAGGAUGACUUUUUCUAUGUGACUUCUCGAUUGAGUUUAUGAAAUGAAGAACCAUGAUAUAGUGUUCUAGACAUCAGAUUUUGAUCUUAGAAUUUUUAGUUUUAGUUUUUCAUCUU